AUGGGCCUAAAAGAGGCGUGCUGGGAGUGUCUCCGCCGGCAGGUUGCCUGCGAUGCUACACAUCCAAUCUGCAACACGUGCAUCAAGAAUGGGGUGGUGUGUCCGGGCUACGAGGACCAGCGACCUCUGCGCUGGCUGGCACCCGGCACAGUAAAGUCCCGCACUGGAAGAAAGCCAAAGCGCCCAAACGUGUCGACCAAGCAGCAACCCAAAGAAACUCAGGGUGGGGUGGAGGGGGGUUCAUCUCUUUCACUCGUCGUGCUGACCACGGAGCUUGACCCCAUCGUUGAAGCAGUGAAAUUCUGGAAUGAGGUGGCUUUACCUGAGUAUCGAGCAAUCGGCGAGCUUGCGCCAAACCCCUGGCUCACUUCGGUACCCAUGGACACCAUCCGUUUGCUUCCGACUCCUAUCGUGGAGACUGUAGUUUUCAUGGCCAUAGGUUAUCGUAUUUCACAGUUCCCCGAGGCGGCAGACCGAUCUGAAACCGCGGUGCUGAGGACGCGCAUGUAUCACCACCGCGGCAGGGCUGUCAAGACCAUCUCUCUCGCCCUCAGCAACGAUAAGCUUCGGGACACAGAUUAUGCGUUGGCGAUCGUCCUGAUGCUUUUGUUUGGCGAGUCACGACAGUGUGCCUCCUCGACCUGGGCGCAUCAUUUCGAGGGCGCUUGCAAGAUGAUAGCGCUACGGGGUGGAUUACUUACUUUUGCGGAUAACCUAUCCCUGAGACCCGUGCUUGAAUAUUUCCUCAUUAUUGGCGUCAUGGCGAACACGAUAAGCCCUGCCUCCAGACAGCUCGCGAUGACCCGCAAGUCCUCCAAUGUCGACACGAUCGCCAAAUUCUACGGUGAUGACCUCUUUCCGGUGCUCUUCUGUCCGCCGGAACUCUUUCUCGAGGUGAUCCGCAUCAACGACCUCCGAGCUCGUGCCUGCGCCUUGGGCGUAGCCGAUCUCCCGGACCUCAUUCCCACAGCCAACGAGAUUCUCGAUCGCAUCCUCUCCUUCCAGUCUCAGUCCUGGGCUGAUGUCCACAAGGGCUCGUCUGUUGAUGGCCGCGACCAUAGUGCCACGUGGAUUCUCCUCGCGAGCGUCUACCAGUCGGCCAUAGCACUCUAUUGCGUCUCUUCCCUGCAGAGUCUCUCGGUCCUCCCAUAUAGUACAGACUUGGAGAAUCUGAGGUCUGAACAUAGAGAGAUCCUCGGGUCGUCUCUGGCGGUUGCUCUGCGCUCGCCACAGCUCAAGUUUUGGAUGAUGUGGCCGGUGGUCGUGGCAGGGCUGGAGGCUGGUCCAUCAGACACUUAUAGAGACGGCGGCAACGUGUGUGAAUUUGUCAGCAGGGAGUUGCGUACGAUGGCGAAGUACUUGGGCACACCAUUGCCUCUGGUGGCGAGGGACAGGCUGCAGGCUUUUUGGGGAAGGCCAGACAGAGGAUGGGAUGAUUGUUUUGAGCAGCCGUUUGCAUUUGUAACAUGA